AUGAAGCUCACGCUCCCCCCCAAGCCGAGCUUCCUCUCGGGCGUGCCCUCCAACGCCAUCGCCGUCGUGGCCCUCCUCGCGGCCGUUAACCUCGUCGUCUGGGCCAGCAUCGCCGUCGUGCUGCACUACCACCCGGCGCUGAUAUCCGCCGCCGCGCUCUCCUACACGCUCGGCCUCCGCCACGCCCUCGACGCAGACCACAUCUCGGCCAUUGACCUCAUGACGCGCCGCCUCGUGAGCCUGGGCCAGCGUCCCGCCACCGUCGGCACCUUCUUCAGCCUGGGCCACUCGACCAUCGUGAUUGUGACGUGCGUCGUCGUCGCCGCCACCUCGGGCGCCCUGCGCGACCGCUUCGACGGCUUCACCCGCGUCGGCAACAUUGUCGGCACCGCCGUCAGCGCGACCGUCCUCAUCGUGCUGUGCGCCGCCAACGCCUGGAUCCUGUACAGCCUCGUCAGCGCCCUCCGGCGGGAGCUGCGCCGCCGACGCGCCGCCGACAACCACCGCCUCGACGAGCCCGCCGUCCAGCCCGACCACUUCCACGUCCACGGGGGAGGCGUGCUGGUCCGCGUCUUCAAGUUCCUCUUCAAGGCCGUCGACCGCCCGUGGAAAAUGUACCCCCUGGGCGUGGUCUUUGGCCUGGGUUUCGACACGAGUUCCGAAGUGGCCAUUCUGGGAAUUGCCUCGCUUCAGGCCCUCAAGGGGACCAGCAUCUGGCUUAUUCUCAUUUUCCCCAUUCUCUUUACAUCCGGCAUGUGCCUAAUCGACACGACCGACGGCGCCGCCAUGGUCACCCUCUACAGCUCCAAGGCCUUCUCGAGAGACCUCGUCGCACUGCUGUACUACCAGAUCGUGCUAAGUGGCAUCACCGUCCUGGUAUCGGCCUUCAUCGGCAUCGUUCAGCUCCUGUCGCUCAUUCAAAACGUUGCCGAGCCAGAGGGCAGCUUUUGGGACAGCGUGGGUGCCAUCGGAGAUCACUUUGACAUCAUCGGCGGCAGCAUAUGCGGAGUCUUUCUGCUUGUUGGCAUUACAUCCAUCCUUUUGUACGGCCCGUGGAGAAGACGCAUCGACCGCCAGACCCAGGGACUCACCGUUGCUGAAGAUGAAAGCGCCCGCAGUUCCGAAGAGCCUGCAUCGCCCUUUGGCCAACCUGAAGUCCUUCAGCCUGCUACGGCAAAAUAA